AUGAACUAUGAAUUUAUAGUUUACACUCCAACGGGCUUUGAGAGAUAUACGGCAACAUACUGUGUUGUAGACUACAGAAUUCACUUCACCCUUUGGGACACUUCAGGAACAUCCACUUACGAUACUGUAAGACCUCUGUCUUAUAAAGAUGCAAGUGUCUUCCUGCUUUGUUUCACUAUAGCAAGUCCAGAAACUCUGGAUAGCAUAAUUAAUAAGUGGUAUCCUGAAAUUCAACAACACAGCCAAAACAUUCCCAUAAUUCUCUGUGGCUGCAAAAGUGACCUUCGAAACGACGCAGAAACCAUGUGCGCCUUGGCUAAACAGAAAAAAGUGCCUGUUACAGCAGAGCAGGCACUUGGUGUAUCGCGCCAAAUUCACGCCACAACGUACGUAGAGACAUCUUCGAGGGCAUCCACGCUUAGCGCCCGAGAAGCAUUCGAGAUAUCAGCGUUGGCUGCCUUAGGGAAGCUUAACAAGAAUCAUAUACUACGCAGCGCCACAGUAUCCCCACUCUCUACAAUAAACACGAGAGGAAGCAGAUACAAAAACAAAGACGUUAUAAAGGAUGAUCUAAGAGACAGAACGCGAAAUUGUUCACUAAUGUGAGAUAUAAAGUGAUGCCGCCGUGUCAUAUUUCGUACCCAGUCGAAAUAUUCAAAAUGAUACAAAUACAGUGGAUGAGAUCAUUCACAAAGUGAAUUUUAAGUUAUCGUUUGUUUUUGAAAAGUUAAUUCUAAAUGGUACGUUUGUUUUUAAUUUUAAAUAGUAUAUUAUUACAGAGUGUUUCACAAUAAAUGGUUUUUUAUUUUCUUCAAAUAUUAAAAAUGAAAUGUUUUAAAAGUAUAGUUCAAUGAACUUAUUGUUUUAAAUCCAAAUAACUAUUACAUUAAUUAUAAAUUUACAUAUAGUAAUAUAACCAGUUCUGGACCGUUAUCACAUUUAUGUGAUGCCGUGAUUCAUCCCUGACUGCCCACAGUAUCAUUUGAGACGAACCUUAUUGAUUUCAGCGACCCAUGCUCGCACGGAAGGGAUCACAUUUACGUGGUGUCGUGAUUCUUCCCUGACUGCCCACAGUAUCAUAUGAGACGGACCUUAUUGAUUUCAGCGACCCAUGCUCCCACGGAAGGGAUCACAUUUACGUGGUGUCGUGAUUCUUCCCUAACUGCCCACAGUAUCAUAUGAGACGGACGUUACUGACUUCAGCGACCCAUGCUCGCACGGAAGGGAUCACAUUUACGUGAUGUCGUGAUUCUUCCCUGACUGCCCACAGUAUCAUAUGAGACGGACCAUAUUGAUUUCAGCGACCCAUGCUCGCAAGGAAAUCAUCACAUUUACGUGAUGCCGUGAUUCUUCCCUGACUGCCCACAGUAUCAUAUGAGACGGACCUUAUUGAUUUCAGCGACCCAUGCUCGCACGGAAGUGAUCACAUUUACGUGGUGUCGUGAUUCUUCCCUACCUGCCCACAGUAUCAUAUGAGACGGACCUUACUGACUUCAGCGACCCAUGAUCGCACGGAAGUGAUCACAUUUACGUGAUGUCGUGAUUCUUCCCUAACUGCCCACAGUAUCAUAUGAGACGGACCUUACUGGCUUCAGCAGCCAAUGAUCACACGGAAGUGAUCUCAAAUUAGUACUCGUGUAUUACAUCUUGUAUUAGUACGUAUAUUGCUGGAGUGUGCGAGCUUGGGAAACCGUUUUUUUCUUCUUUAGUCGGUCCUAAACGGGUUAAAAUAGUUAACUGGUGUUAAAUCUAAAACAUAUACCUGAAAUUAUUUUUCGCAAAUUAGAAAAUUUAAUUUAAUUAGCAUGACUUACAUAUGCGAAUAAAUUUUGUAACAAAUAACACGAUACUCUUCGGUAUUGUGUUAUUAAAUUAGCUGCAUUUUUUACAUUUUCUUUAGAAUUCCAUUAUGACUUCGUAUAUUUGAAAAAUAUACGAGGAUUGUCUGUCAAAUUUAUGAAAAAAAUGGUAAAAUAUAAAAUUUAAUUGUCAAGAGAAACGAUAAAUUUGUAAAGAAAGAAAAAAAAAUCUUUAAUAUACUUCAUUGUCUGAGAUUAUACUUUUGGACAUAGAAGCAACAAUCAGACAUAAAAGAUAUAACACGCGGCAAGGGAAAAAAAACUCAAAUUAAUUAAGAAAUUAAGAAAUUUACGAGAGCAAAGUGUCAGUAAUAUAGCAAUAUUCUUUGUAAAUAGAAUAGAUGACUCAAAUGUACACGUAUUCUCGUUUCUCCACACAUUUUCCCUCUCCGUUGCCAUAGCUUCACUAAAGUUAACUUUUUUUUCUACAGCAGUACGUUUCAGCAGGGAAAAAGUAUGGUUUGAGGCUAAAUUGUGGAGAGUAGAGAUAUCACAUAUUCUAUUUACAAAGAAUGAAGCAUUUUCCAAAACGUUUAUCUAAAAAGUAGAAAAUGACGUCAAAAAAGAAAAAGAAAACAUGAGAUGUUGUAUGUAUUCGCUCUUGAAAUUUUUUAUUGCACUGAUUCAUAGAUUUGUAUUAAAGUUAAAUUGCCACUAUUGUGAAACACUCACUUUGUUAGUUUUCUGAAAAAUGGGCAUUGUUUUAAAAAAUCAAAAGAGAAGGAAUAAGAUUUUAGUUUAUAAAAAAUAUUGUUUUUAGCAAUAUACACUAUCUACCAAUAAGUAUUUGGACACGUGUGAUUGAAAUGGAAAGCAAAUUUCAUUCAUAAUCAAUAGUUGGUUGAGCCUCCACGAGAGGCAAUUACAGCGUGAACCCUCCGGGGUAUACUUUCACAAGUCCUUGUGUGACGGCUAGUGGUAUUUUCUUCCACUAGGCUUGGAGAAGUCAUGUAAGUUCCUUCACCGAUUUUGGUCAGGUAGUGCACCCCUUAAUUCGGGGAUCCAACUUGUCCCAGAGGUUCUCGAUAGGGUUCAGGUCUGGGCUUUGGGCAGGCCAGACCGUUCGAUUAACCCCAUUGGCACCAUACCAAGCCUUGAUGACCCUCGCAACAUGAAAGCUGGCAUUGUAGUCCUGGAAGUAACAGGGGCCCACCCCGUAAAUUCGCCACAACGUAGAAAUUACAUUGUCAUCCAAAAUAGUGCAGUAGGCAUCUUGUAGGGACUAAUGCCGAUGUUGUUCCCUUCUCGAUAUAUACUGGAGGAGGGCGUGACGUAUCUCAGGACCGCAGAUAUAGUCAUUAGCAUAGGUGUCCAAAUACUUAUUGGUAAAUAGUGUAUUACUUGUCUUCAAAAUGUAUUUUGAGCCUUCAACCAUGCAUACUUUUUUAAUUAAAAAAAAUAAUAGGAAACCAAUUUCUUGAUGUCAGAAAAGGCAUCAACUUUAAGUUCAUGAAAGAGCCGGUACUACUGCUCAGAGGAAUUUUAAUAAAUCCAAUUAAAAUGGAAUAGAUCCAUUUUCUAUACCAGUGAAAUGCCUCUCCGAAAAAGUUUUCCUGAACAUGAAAAUAACAAUGUCUCUAUUUCAUGGAAAAAAAGUGUACAUUAAUUGCUUUCAAGAAACAUUGCUAUUAUAUACUUAAUAAAGUUAGGAACUAUUGAUACAAAUACGUGUUAAGACCUAUUGAUAAAAAUACGCUAUUAUUAUAGAGUAAAAUUAAAAACCUUGUUUUUUAACAAAUCAAUAAAUAUUUAAAUCACAUUUUUAAAAUUCUACUUUGCUUUAAAUUUAGAAAACACUUCUCAAUCUAUCAUUUUAUUAAAAAUUAUAUUUCCUUACUAAAAUUCGAAUUCAAGAGGACGAAAUCUUUUAGAUGCAGCGUUGAAAGAAAAAUUAAAUAUUCAUAAAAUAUAUCUUUAAAUGAACUCUUUUUGGAACUUGGAACAACAUAUCUAAAACUUCAUCAAAUAAUUUAGAAUGCAAAAUACCUGUUAAAGGAUUUAGUGGAACUUGUUUCUUUAAUAUUAUAGAAAAAUGUCUUAAGAUCAGGCAAAACGUUGUUCAUUUAAUAACUAAAAUUUAUUAAAUCAUUUAAUAUUAGCAAUAUAAUUUGAGUUUUUGAGUAAUUCAUCAUUAGCGUAAAUAAAAUUUUGCUGAGUGCUCAUAAAUAUUUUAUUCUGUACAAAAUUGCCAUGAAUUCUAAACAAAAAUAAUACAAGAAUCAGAAUUUCUGUGCUAUAUUUAACAGUUUAACACGUAACUGAAAAUACAUGUUUUAGAUAAGAGUUUCAUUGAUAAAAAAAAAUUAAAAUACAAAAUUAAAAAUUCUGUUUUGAAAUUUUU